AUGGGCGCGGGUGACAAGGCAGCCGUCUGCCUGUAUCGAUCCCCGCAAAAGUACAAUAGGAUGAAUGCGGACGAAUCUAAUGAAUUCAAGAAGGUUCGUGCGUUUGCCUCUUUACCCCGUACCGUCCGAGGCUUUCCUACGGUGAUAGGCUCUAGCCCGAAAGGUGAUAAAAUCAUAUACUGCAAUGGCAACUCGGUCUCAUCGUCAAGCCUAACCAAUGUAGACAUCUACACUGAACAUCCAGUGCCGACCACAGUAGCCAAGAUGAGUCCUAGCGGCUUCUACAUUGCAUCUGGAGAUAGCGCUGGAAAUGUGCGUAUAUGGGAUACCACACAAUCCACUCACAUCUUAAAAGCAGCUUACCAGGUGUUUUCUGGAAGUGUUCGCGACAUAGCAUGGAACGAUGAUAGUAAACGAAUAGCCGCGGUCGGAGAAGGACGAGAAAGAUUCGGGCAUGUAUUUUUGUUCGACACUGGUACCUCGAAUGGUAACCUUUCCGGGCAAUCUCGACCCAUGAGCAGCAUCGACUUCCGUCCCACAAGGCCUUACCGUCUUGUGAGUGGUUCGGAGGACAACACUGUUGCAAUCUUUGAGGGACCACCGUUCAAAUUCAAGACGGCGGUGCGGUCAACUCAGGAAGACGCUGUGUCGGUUUGGCAUGGUUCAACUUGUGGCAACGAUCGACAAACAGAACCAUCUGGAGACAAGACUAGUGAAAAUUGGAAGUCAGCCGAGGAAAAGCGCUUAGAAAAAGUUGUAACGUUUGGUGAUUCUACUGAGGAUCAACAAAUCGGUAUUUCAUGGAGCACAAAGGCACUCGUCUCAGUCUCGCUUGCAGGAUUCCUUAGCUUCAUAGAUCCUGCCGGCAACAUAACGUUAUGUUCAUGGGUGCAUAACAAAGGAAUAACGUCCGCUAGCCCUUACUUUUAUUGUCAGGCACGUUGGAAUGUCUCUAAUGGGGAGUCGAUUCGAAUUCAACCAACACUUCAUAGGUCACAGAUAGUUGGCUUGGUUGUUGGAAGAGAUGAAGUCUUAAUCAGCUGCGCGUGGGACGACACCGUCCGCUUCACUAGUGGAGCUACGAGUAGUGAUCCCGUGCAUUCAAAGUGCGUAAAGUUGCCAUCGCAGCCACAAGGUAUGGCUUCUUCUUACGAUGGUAACCUGACCGUCAUCGCGUGCUACAAGAACGUUUUGGUGUUUGAGGAUGACAAGUUAUCAGCGGAUCUUAACGUAACCUUCAACCCUUCUUGUGCAGCCAUCUUUGGAGACCUUGUUGCUGUUGGUGGACAGGAUUCGAAAGUGCAUAUCUUUUCAUUUUCUGGAGGGGCUCUGCAAGAAAAAACAACGCUGCCGCACUCAUCUCCUAUAACACGUGUUGUUCCUUACUCCGUAGAAGAUUUUAAAACCGUUGCCAGCAAGGAGUGGACGUUCCACACUUCCACACUCGCCAAAGUUAAUUGCGUGGCAUGGAGCCCUGACAAUCGCCACUUGGCUACGGGUGGACUCGAUACAAACAUCAUUAUUUGGGAUCUCGAACGCAGUGGAGAGCAUCCUAUCAUCAUUCGUGGUGCACAUGCAAUGUCACCUGUGAACGGUCUCGUAUUCUUGAAUUCUGACGAGCUUUUGAGUGUUGGACAGGAUGCAAACGUUAAACAUUGGAAGAUUAAUCUA